AAAUCUUUCUAUAUAAAAACUCCCCCCAACCCCUAAACCACACAACUCACAAACCACUUCUCACCUCCAACAAACUCACCGGAGAUCCACUACUUCCGUCACCGGAGACACACUUCUCUUUGCCGGAACCAAACUCAUAUACAUAUACAUAUAAAGAUGGACCACAAGAAAACCACCUUGGAUCUUUUUAACAAUGUUGAUCUUGCAACCGAGCUAACGUUAGGGUUGCCCGGAACCGAUAACCAGCCGGAGAUCAUAAAGAGUAGUCUUUCCGGUAACAAGAGAACCUCAUCGGAGAUGGGGUCAAGCACUUGCACAGAUGAAAAUGAAUCAAGAUUUUCACCACCCACCAAGGAACAAGUUGUGGGGUGGCCGCCGGUGAGAUCAUACCGUAAAAACAUACUUCAGGUGAAGAAAACCGAAUCGGAGAUGGGUUCGGGGAUGUAUGUGAAAGUGAGCAUGGAUGGAGCUCCAUAUUUGAGGAAACUAGACCUUAAAAUGUACCAAAGCUAUGAGGAGCUCAUGAAGGGUUUGCAAGUGAUGUUUAAGUGCAUUAUAGGGUUGUACUUUGAGAGAGAAGGGUACAAUGGAUCACAACAUGUUCCAACUUAUGAAGAUAAAGAUGGAGAUUGGAUGCUUGUUGGUGAUGUACCAUGGGAGAUGUUCAUAAGUUCUUGCAAAAGACUUAGAAUUAUGAAGAGUUGUGAAGCUAGAGGGUUGGGUGAUUGUUAAUAAAGCAAACCAAAAUGCACAAAAAAUGGUUUUUUUUUUAAUAUAAAAAAUUAAAAUAUUUACAAAAAAAUUUGAGGGUUGUGGAUCUUUGAAGAAAGAUUCAAGAAACAAGAGAUUGGAGGUUUUUGAAAUUUUAGGAAGAAAGUUAGGGAAAGAGUAUAUACAUAUAUUUGUUUUGUGUUUUAAUUCUAAGUACAAAUGAUGAUGAUGUAACAUUUUUUUCAUAUAUAUUUUUGGUGUUAUAUGGAAGUAAAUAUCAAUAUACAUUUUAUUUUUAUUAUCAA